GUUCGGUAUUCUCGCCCGCCUGCGUCGUCGUCGUCUUUGCUCCGGUUUUCCUGCCGUGGUGCUGGCGCUCCUCCGCCUCCAUCCUAUCUCCGUCGGACGUGCAAAUUCUCCGGUCGCCGGCCGAUAAGAAAUGGAUACUCAAGAUGAUAUCUAUGACACUCUCGAAGACAUGGUAUGUGAUGAAAUAGGAGAGCCAUUGAGGCUUAGGCUACACCUCUUGCAAGCCAUCACAAACAACUUCUCUGAGGAGAACCUUAUUGGCCGCGGUGGAUAUGGCGAAGUUUACAAGUUGAAAUCACACAGGGAGUCCUUGGAACAACUGGCUUUGUUGCUGUCAAGAAGUUAUACUCAUCUUAUGCAAUCGAAGAUGAAACAUUUAAUCGCGAGGUUGGUUGUCUGAUGAAGAUUAGGCACCACAACAUAGUCUGGUUUGUUGGGUACUGUGCUGACACGCAGGUAGAGGUGGUGCCACAAGGAGUGAAAAAUAUUUUCGCGGAAACACGAGAAAAAUUACUUUGCUUCAAGUAUUUGCGUAAUGGAAGCCUUGGCAAGCAUCUUACAGUCGAACCUUGUGGGCUUCAAUGGCGUGUUUGUUACCAAAUAAUAAAAGGAAUUUGUCUCGGUUUGGAUUAUCUGCAUGAGAGGCACAUAGUUCAUCUAGAUCUCAAACCAGAUAAUAUAUUGCUUGAUGAUGGCAUGGUGCCCAAAAUUGCGGAUUUUGGUCUGUCAAGGCUCUUAAAUAAAGAAAGCCGCACAAUCACUGAAAAGAUAUGUGGAACACGGGGAUACAUGGCACCCGAGUACAUAGACAGUGGAGUAAUCACAGUCAAGGCAGACAUAUAUAGUUUGGGUGUGAUAAUUGGACACAUGGUGAAGGGACGUAACACCGGAGCUACGUCUGACCAAGAUGUACUGGUGAGCUGGAUGACUAGGCUCGUAAAGGAUUCAUCACAGAUGAAGGAGACGCAAUUGGACAUUGGCUACCAGCAAAUAAAAGCAUGCAUCGAGAUAUCACAGAGGUGCACGCAGCCUAAACCAGAGGAUAGGCCAUCUAUGCCUGAUAUCCUAUGUAUGCUGGAGGAAACGGAAGCAGCAAACCGAUCUGCCGUUGGGUCUGCUCCAAAUGGCCGGCUUAAGCUUGCUAAAUUUGGGCCAUGGGGUGGAGCUGGAGGGAAGCCACGAGACGUCAAAAUUGCACCCUACCGUUUGGACAGCGUAACAAUCAGCAGUGGAGUUGUCAUCGAUUCGAUCCAGUUUUCAUACACUGACCACGAUGGCCAGUAUCACACUAUAGGCCCUUGGGGCGGCUUUGGCGGCAACACUAACUCAUUUCAUCUAGGUCCUUCGGAGUUUCUGAUAGGAGUAUCAGGAUCAAUCGGCUCAUUCAAUGGUCUCAAAAAAGUUAUAACAUCGCUUACAUUUGUCACCAAUGCUCGUAGCUAUGGACCAUUUGGAAGAGCGCGAGGAAGACCGUUCCACAUUCAAGUGCAGAGCCAUGGCUGCAUUGUUGGUUUCUUUGGUCAUUCUAGGAGAUAUCUCGAAGCAAUCGGUUUCUAUACGGACCAAGAUGCUAGGGUCACCUCAAAUGGGCCUUGGCGUGGAGAUGGAGGGGUUCAUCAUGAUAACACAGUAAAACCACAUUACCUGGACCACAACGGCCAGCAGUGCACUGCAGGUCCAUCUGGAGGAUGUGGAGGUAGCGCUCGUAAGCUUGAGCUGUCCAAAUUUGGUCCAUGGGGUGGAGAUGGAGGAGAGUCAAAAGACAUCAAAAUACCACCCUACCGUUUGGACAGCAUUACAAUUAGCAGUGGAGUUAUCAUCGAUUCGAUCGAUUUUUCGUACACCGACCACGAUGGCCUGUACCACACUACAGGCCCUUGGGGCGGCCAUGGGGGGAACAACAACACGUUUAAGCUAGGACCUUCGGAGUUUCUGACAGGAGUAUCAGGAUCAAUCGGUUCAUUCAACACUCUAGUAAACGUUAUAACAUCGCUUACGUUUGUCACCAACGUUCGUAAUUAUGGACCAUUUGGAAAAGGGCGGGGACCACAUUUCCACAUUCCAAUGGAGAGCAAUGGCUGCAUCGUUGGUUUCUUUGGGCGUGCAGGGCGAUAUCUCGAUGCAAUUGGUGUCUACACAAACCAUGAGAUGGAAAGAAUUGGACUUGAAGAGCCUGGGGUCGCCAGGAUAGGGCCUUGGGGUGGAGAUCGAGGGGUUCUUCAUGACAUCACAGUAACACCACAUCACCUGGAAAGAGUGACAAUUUUUAGUGGAACUAUCAUAGAUUCACUUGAGUUUUUAUACAGUGACCAUGACGGCAAGCAGCACACUGCAGGUCCAUGGGGCGGCUGUGGAGGUGGCGGUCGUAAGAUUCGUUUUGACCCUUCAGAGUUUAUAGUGAAAGUUUCCGGAACAUUUUGUGCAUGGCAUGGAGUUAAAAAUGUUCUAUCUUCUCUUACACUUGUGACCAACACAGGCAGAUCAUAUGGGCCUUAUGGAACAGAGUUUGGAACUGCUUUCCACGUUCCGGAGCAGAGCAAUAGCAGAAUUGUUGGCUUUUUCGCGCACGGAGAAGAUUACAUCGAAGCAAUUGGCGCCUAUGUUCGCACUCUGUAACAGUCUGUGCUGUUCUAUGCUGUUUCUCCAUGACCAGUGAUGUCUUGUCUUGGUUGCGAAAGAGAGAGUCAAAAUGUUGGCAAUUGGCUGCAGUACAUCAAGACCCUUGCUUCAUGUAUCCAUUUGCCUGAAUAUUUGAGCUCUGGCUGCAUAGUCCGGUUUCUGCAAUGUUCUUGAGUUGCAAUUUCAGUAGGGUCCAUUGAACUUGUUGCGCCCAACUGAUGUCUAGUCAUUUUUGUAUGCUCUGUAAACUGGUGUCCUCGCACACUUGUUUCUCUGAUUCUCUGUAGGGUUACAUCUUUGGCAACACUGCACUCGUUACUGGAAAUACUGGCUUUUAAACAAAGAAUCAUCUAGUGCCUAAGAUUGUGUA